AUGCUCUCAAGAGGCUCCAGCACCAAGUUGAGAAGAAGCAAGUCCGCCGUUUCAGCCAGGUCUCGAGGCCGGGGCCGUUCCCUUGCCGAAGUCAUCGACGACGAAGCCUGCCAGCGACAGGCUUUGACCGCCGCAUCCCUGGCGAUGCAGCGGGCUAUGAGGCCUUCGCUGGAUGAUUGUCAUGGCAGUGAAACCGGCACCCACCGCGCUUCCCUUCAACUCUCUCGAUCCCGGAGCAUUCGGUUUAACGAGGACGACACCCCGGGCUUGAGAAAAGCUGACUUUGCCCGCACGCUACGAGCAACUCGCUCUGUAAGCAACGAUGCGGUUCAAAACAAGGCUGCCGACUCGCCGGCCCGGCGCACGAACGGUGUGGACGAGUUUGGCAUGCUGGAUGACGAUAUCCCGUCCGUCCCUUCAAUACCCUCGUCCUACCGAAAGCUUCGCAAAUCAAAGUCCAUGUUCUCAACGCGUCUGCGGUCUGGCUGGUCGAACGACACUUGCCAAUCCCCGAAACGGAACCGCCAUCGUCCUAGAGACGCAGGACACCGGCACUUUGCUCGCAACACCCUUCGUCGCUCGAUCUCGUUUUUCAAAGGAGAAAGUGAAUAUCGAUCAAGGAGCCAUCAAUCCACGGAUAACCAAGAAGUGGAUAGUAAGGUCAUGCGAGAUAGAUUUCUACAAGACCUAAGCAGGACUUCUCAGUCUGGCACGUCUGAGCUGAGUACUAGUACCCAGAACUGGGAGCCACGGGCCUUUAGAACAACGGCCAGGCGCUACAGUUCUAUUUCUAAUGACAGCGAUUCCGGGUGCUCAGGUCAACCCACCCAUGAACGAUUGAAGGAUGGCAGUCACACUAUCAGAACAGGGUCUCUUUCGCAGUCAAUCAAGAAUCGAUUCCGGCGCAUCUUUAGACGGCACUCAGCGGCCCAGGAAGACCUGUCUCCCCGGCAGUCAGAUAACCACCAGCCUAUUGCCCCCGAAUCGCAAGUUCACUCCCCAUCAAAUACCUUGUCUAAACAAGAUAUUAACACUUUUAAUCCAUAUCUCGGAUUUUCUAGCCAUCGGCGCAGGAGCAUCCGUUCAAUGAAAAGCAUAGAUAGUAUAUCUACUUCAAAUUCACGUGUUACAAGCUGGACUGAUUCCACAGCGGCUAACACUAUCAAUAUGAAACGCCCACUAGAAAGUCGAUUAUCCAUUAUCGAAGAGAACCGCGUUGCUGAUAUGUCGCAAUCCGCAGAUGAGUACCAUGACGGCUACUCUGCAUUCAGACAACCUCUUCAGCUGGAUCGCCUGUCCAAUAACCCCGUAGACAGUCAGCGGGUAUAUUCGGCCUUGAUGCGGAAAAUAGAUCGGUCGAGUAGGACGCGUGAGGGCAGGGUUAGUCCACGACCUAACGCCCCGGAAGCCAUUCGUUAUAAAAAUCAGCUACCGGCCCAUUCAGGAUGCAGUAUAAGACGGGUGCUAAGCGGCACGUCAAUGCACCAUGCUGAAGCUGUUGCCGUGCGAGGGCCUGCCGGUGGCAUCAACCAUGGCCCAGCCCAGUCAAUUCGAACCGCAGCUUCUCCCGGCCUCACACCCCAAGAGAUUGCCAAACGUAACGAAAGCGUUCAUCAGCUUUCCCAACGCUCUUUACGUUGCCUCGAUUCCAGUUCAUCGCGCUCGGUAGCUCACAGGCAUCCAGCACGCUUCGAAGUUGAUGCGAUGGCUACGCCGACGAGGGCUCAGAUGUAUGAGUCUGAUGACGAUUCAUCUACUGUCGUGGUCUUGAAAUCACCCGUUUCCAGCAAGUUUGUUACAUCACCUAGCGUCUAUUCAAGAACGACGAGCGGAAAUACGCCAUGUCGUUAUGCGAGCCGCAAUGACCUGACCUUUUCCGACUCUGACGAUGAUACAGGGACUGCGACCAUCAUAGCAAGCCAGAGACUCCCGUGCAAGUCUCGUGGCCAAGGUCGACUGGUCAGGGGAAGUGCAGAGUGGAAGUCUUGGAUGAAAUCCCAGAUGGACCUUAUAGACCGGUCUAACCUUUCUAAAACCCUUGAUAUCCAGUUCUCCAACGAAGAAAAAACUCACUACAGAGAAAAUGCUCAAAUCUACGACGAAGCGUCCGACAGUACGGGUGCUAGCCCCUCCCUGAGAGAGAGCGGCGAUCAUGAAGAGAACCACAAAGUCACAGGCGAAGAGCAAGACUUUAGCGAACGGCAGCCUCUAUCGGAACUGCGACCCCCCUCCCAAAACAACUUCUCGCGCCCUAUGCGUCGUUCGCCCAGUGGACCCAUGAAAUUUGGCACAACAAACGCGAGAAAACCGUCCCUAGUCGAGGAGAUCCACACCCCUCCGCGAAGUGCACCGGUCAUUGUCGAGUCAGAUACUCCUUUGAAGCCUUCCCCUCGCUCCGUUGGUGCCAGGAGCAGGUCCGGAGCCCCAAAUCAAACCCCACUGGUAUAUCAUAAAACUCGACUAUCUGGCUCACUCGGGUCUCCGGCCAUAUCCCCUAGGAACAGUAUGAGCCCACGGAAGUCGAUGUCUGCGAGAAGCCGGCAUCGACAAAUUCCUCCACCAGCUUACUGCGACGCCAGGAAGGCCUUGAGCGUCCAGUUCAACUCGAAGGCGGCUCAUGGAGAACGGUGA